GCAUUAUAUGAUUAUUGAUCGUUUUGCAUUUGGCCGUUACAUGGCAAUGCAUAUAUUGCUUACAAUUGUAGAAAUACUAAAUUAAAAUAAAUAAGAACUUUUUAUGCAUGGGACCAUAAUAUCAUAAAGCAUUGAACACAUACGGUCAUAUAUAGGAGUUUCGAGUUUCACUUCUUAAUGCAUUUACUUAACAUCCCAAAAUGCCAAAACAUAUACAAUACAUGUACAUGUUCCGAACUUUUUAAUUUAAUAUUGAGCAACAAAAAGGUUCUUGUUCAUCAUAAAAGAGGGAGAGUGUGUUCUUUUAACUUAUAUAUAACUCAUUCCAUAUGUACUAGUAACAAUUAUAUAAAUGAGUUUCGUAUCUCUAACAAAGUGACAUUAAUACAUUUCUCCCAAAAAAAACAAAGUGACAGUACAAUUAACAUAAAUUAAGCAGACGAGAUUGAUCGAUCUUGAUGGGGAAAACCGGCGGAAGCUCAUGGUUCACGGCCGUUAAGAAUGUUUUCCGAUCACCGGAGAAGAAAAUCCCUAGAAGAAUAAACCGUCGACAAGACAAUGACCUCGUCGAAGAAGAAGAGGACGAACAACACCAACGACCGAAGAGAAGAAAAAGAAGAUGGCUAUUCAAGAAAGAUUCUUCUGAUUUUUCUGCAAUAGACGUAGGAAUACACAUAAGAAACUCCGGCAACAUUAACUCAACGGAUGUUGACGCGAUUGCGGCUGAGGAAACAGAGAAAACUGCAUCUCCGGCGGCCAAGGAAACCGUCUUUUUUGGCCGGAUAUCUGUCUACCUCAAAAGACACUUGGCUGCUAUUCUCAUUCAGACAGCUUUCCGAGGAUGCCUGGCACGAACAGCGUUUAGGGCUUUACAAGGAGUUGUGAAACUACAAGCCCUAGUGAGAGGCCACAUCGUGCGUAGACGAGCUAGCAUUACUUUGCUUCGGGUUCAGGCUUUGGUUCAGAUCCAGGCUCGAGCUCUAGAAUACCGAAAAACACUCACCACCAAUCUCGGCGACGAAACUGCCUUGUCUCAUGCUUUCUCUAAACAGAUGUGGAAAACUACAGCGAGAGAAGUUCAUAGUGAAAGUGAAUUAGAGGACAAAAGACCGAGUAGAUUAAACCGGUACGGUUAUCGAGAAACCGGAAGAAGAAUGUCAACCGAUCAGGCUGUCGUUGAACCGGUCAAGAUAGUCGAGAUCGAUACGUAUAAAACGUACUCACACCACCAACAGCUCAACGACCAGACGCCACGUGGACACUCUUGCGUCACAAGGCAAGUCCAUUCAAUACCAAAUUACAUGUCUACCACUGCCUCAACCAUGUCUAGAUUUCGCCGGCCACAAAGCGUACCAAAGCAGAGAUCAAACCGAACCGGUUUAGAUAACAACGAACCAAGAUUAACAUUGGUUAGAAAGCGGUUGUCAUUUCACAAUGGUAAUCCGCAAUCGCACGGUUAUAUUGCCGGUGAUGGUUACUUUUUGUACGACAUCGACAAGAGAACCAAUGCUCACGAAGAUUUUCAGUAUUAAAAUUAACCGAAUCGGUUAAGUGUAGCCGAUGGAACCAUAACCAUUGACGAUAAAAUAUAUUUUAUUUUAUAUUUGUGACCCAAGAUUUAUUACUUUUCUAGUAUGCACCAAACAGUUAUCAAUUUUAAGACUUUUUCAAUGCUAACACAACGUGAAUAAUGACUAUUUCGAUGUCAAACAUAUUCAAACGUCCGCAAUUGUAGACAAACCGGUGGUUGGAUGCGAUUUGUAUCAAAUGUUAUUAAUCCACUAAACCGGUUUAUAUU